AGGACAAUAUUUAGUGUUGUGAGGCCUUUGGGAAUCGCGCAUGCGCUGUAAAAUUGAAAAAAAAUAUUGAUCAGUAUGGCGGCGGUUAGUCCAGGAUAAGAUUUUCUUAAAAUUUGAAGAAAUUGAUAUAUUGAUAGAGUAUCAGGAUGGCACAUCAACUUCAUUUAGAGAAGGAAAAAUACAGACAGUGGGUAAAGGCUGGUUUAGGACUUGGAUAUUUAAAGGAGGGACUUGUACCAUUCUGUAAUGACAUAGCUGUCCAACAACAUAACGAUAUCUUACAAAACAUUCGGUCUACAAAAUCACUACCAUCAACUGUGACAUGUGGCAGCUGUCGAGUUGAAACUCUAAAGCCAGACCAUAAGCCAUUAGGGAAUGCUAAAAACAAAGUUUGUCCUCUUGGGCAAGUCAAAUGCAGCUGUUGCUGUAAGGGCAAAAUUGCUUGUCCGAACAACAUAUGUGGCGCCAUCUAUGACUAUAUUGUGCAGCAUCAUGCAUCUACACCACCUGCGCCAGACUGGAAAAACAGCGAUGCUCUAAAUUGGUCAACAGACCCGUGGAGCAUUAGCAAAUGUUUUAUAAAUGCUCCUGGGUACAAGGACAAGACAUCAGCAGUCCAUACAGAUUGUACAGGGUUACUGCAUGUUGUCACAAAUAACAUAUAUUUUCAUAAUCAUAUUGGAGGCAUUGCUACUGGACCAAACAAUCUUUUUUCAAAGGUACGUCAGUAUAGAAAUGAAAUUUUCCACUCAAGCAGCAUGGAAUUAGAAGAAAGUGAGGCUAAUACUUACUUAGAUGACAUGAUUGCAGUUCUACAAGAUAAUAAGGAACUUGUACAUCAACCAGCUGCACAACAAGCUGUAUUGAAACUUCAAGAUCUUAAGAAGAAAGACUUCAUUAUAACUACUGUAGACUUUGAUGAAAUUCUGGGACAAAUCAAGGAAGAAAUGAAAAAAGUUCUAAAAUCAAUUGAAGAUGCUCCAACUAAUGAGGAAUAUGAGGAGCUUAAAAAACAAUCUGAAGAACAUGAAACCCAGAUAUUCAAACUAAAUGAGGAGAUGACAAAAAUUAAGACAGUAACUUCCUCAGGUCAAAGUCAGGCAGAGUAUGAGCAAACCAA